GAGCCAGCGAACGCAUCCAGUGUUCGUCAUGUCGGUAUCUAAAGACAAGGAACAGAAGAGCGAGUGUCGAGCCAGCGAUUUCGCUUCAAAAGAAGAGAAGCUGAUUCAGUCAACUCUCGAUAACAAACCAGAUAAAGAAGAUGCAGUGAAAAAAACGGAGAAUGGAACCAAUCCAAAUCAGUCGGCGACUGCAGGGGAGCAACCAGUCGGAUCUAGGAACGAACGAGAGAAACAGACGACGUCAAAAUCGACCAUCAUUAGGACAGUUGUUUCUGCUGUGCCAGUUGUAGACCAUUGCGAUAAACCCAUGUCGAAGUAUGAGAUUGUGACGGUCAGGGAACGGCAUGGCUUUUUCAGGAAAGCUAUCCCCCUCAUGCCCGUUUCUCUAUCCGUUUUCCUUUGCAUCCUAAACGUUAUAACGCCAGGAAUCGGAACAUUAAUUGCCUCUGUGACCGUCCUAUGCGGAUGUAAAACGGAACAUGCAAACAGAGCGAAGGCUUUUGGAUAUAAUUUGUUGGCAGGUCUAUUACAACUCAUAACAGCUCCAGUCGUUAUUGGAUGGGUUUGGAGUAUUAUGUGGGGUAUCACUUUUGUCAAUAUUAGCACAUCGAAGGACCUUCAAGAGUGUAUAGUUGCCGCUCAGGUUUGAGACUUUACUACGAAUGUGUCCAUUUGCGAAUUUUUACAAGAAAAGAUAUCACCGAGAACUUGGCGUCCAGGCUACUGAUUUAACCACCAAGUAUCACCCAUAUCCACCACAAAUAAUGCCUAUUGUCUCGUCACGCCGACCAACCUCGAAUUUUCUCGCCGUCGAAAAGUGGCGAAUUCCC